UGUUCGCCCACUGCCCUCACUCAAUAUAAAUAACCAGCCACUGGCCAACCAUCCAGGACUGGACCCUCCACUACAUAUAUCUUGUCUUCAGCUACACUUCUCCAUCUCUCUCUCCAUCUCUCUGUCCAGUUCUCUCUCCAGCUCCAGCUCUCUGUGUGUGAAUCAGGAUCUUCUGCUAGAAUGAGGAGUGGAUCUGCUCUGCUGUUGGUGCUGCUGCUCGGCUCUCUCCAGCUUUCCUCUGGUGGUACUGAAGGCAUAAACCACCAAAGUAAAGAGUGCUGUUUUGAACUUUUUCAAAUGAAGCUCCCAUUGAAGAAGAUUGUAUCCUACAGGCAUACAAGUAGCAACUGCCCCAGUAGUGCUGUUAUUUUUAAGAUGAUGUCUGGAAAGUCAAUCUGUGUGGAUCCUAAAACGGAAUGGGUCAACGUUCAUAUGAAAGAAAUGGACCAGCGGAAAACAGCAUCCUCAAAAGAAAAACCCACCACACCCUAAACAUUUUGGAACCAAUCACAGAAAGACUUUGUAAUACAGUAGACCUAUAGGAUGUACUUAUGUUGCAUUGUAAUUCAAUAGAAAAUACAAUGUAUUUAGUAUAUUUACUGACAUGUGGCAUCCCCAUUUAAAAUUUUUCAAUAAAGUUUAUUUUU